AUGAAGAAUCUUUCUGCUCAAAAUAUUUUAUUCACAGACUUCAAACUAAAAGGUUUCCACAGUCUAGGGGAAUGGAGGCCUUUUUUAUUUAUCCCCUUCUUUCUGAUUUUUUUAUUGUCCAUCACUGCAAAUUCUAUUCUCUUAUAUUUAAUCAUAAGUCAGAAGUCUCUGCAUUCUCCCAUGUAUGUACUAAUAGGUUUAAUGGCUGUUGUAGACUUAAUCUUACCUAUAGUUUUUGUACCCAACAUGCUUGUUAGCUUUCUAUUCAACUGGGGUGGGAUAUCCCUAGUUGGUUGUUUGAUACAAAUGUUUUGCAUUCAUUAUGUUGGUGCAUUUCAGUCAACUUUACCUUUGUGGAUGGCACUGGAUCGUUACUUUGCAAUAUGUAAACCUCUUUACUAUCAUAAAUACAUGGCAAUCCCUAACUUUCUAAAGUUUAUUGUUGUCCCACUAGUCAGAAAUGGACUCCUGAAUAUCAGUAUGGUCUCUAUGGCUGGAAAACUAACAUUCUGUGUAACAAAUGUUAUUGAUCACUGUUUUUGUGAACACAUGGCAUUGGUUCAGCUAGCAUGUGGAGAUAUAUCUAUUAAUAACUUAGUAGGACUUUUGACAGCUUUACUGAUACCAACUUUUGACUUUAUUCUUGUUACUGGUUCCUAUGUUGUGAUUUUUGUCUCUGUUUUUAAAUCUGGCAAGGGCCAAAUGAAGGCCAUAAACACUUGCAUUACUCACAUCAUUGUCAUGACAAGUGGUUUGAGUUUUGCCCUGAUUGCAUUCAUGUCAUACAGAAUAAGAAAUAAUUUUUCUACUAACAGUCGUGUAUUUGUGAGCACAAUGUACAUACUUUUCCCAAGUUGUUUUAACCCAAUUGUUUAUGGAGUGAGAACAAAGGAAAUGAGACAAAAGUUUCUUCAGCUUGUAAGUGAAAUAAAGAUCUUUCCUUUGUAA